AUGUCCGUGACCAUGAUCUCCAUCCUGUUCUCCGUCCAUGUGGCAUUCCCCGACGCCCGACACCAUACCCGCAAGUUCUUCCGCAUCUCUUACUACAAUCCCAUUACAGGCACCUUCGCCUUGGGGUGGGACGAUAUCUGGUUUGUCUUCUACUGGAUCAUUGUCUUUACCGGUGCUCGAUGCUUCACAAUGGACUACAUCCUCUCUCCCAUCGCACAUCGUGCCGGUAUCCACAAGAAGAAAGCCAAAGUGCGGUUCGCCGAACAAGCCUGGAUUCUCCUCUACUACGGCCUAUUCUGGUGCAUUGGCAUGAACCUUCUCAUAAACUCCCCAUACUGGCUCGACUUACGCGCGCUCUGGCGAAAUUGGCCCAUACGCGAGAUGGAAGGCCUCGCAAAAUGGUACUACCUGGUCCAAUUCGCCUUCUGGCUACAACAAAUCGUGGUUGUCAAUAUUGAAGAGCGCCGCAAAGACCACUGGCAGAUGUUUUCGCACCACCUGGUAACUUGCGCUCUAAUCUUCACUUCCUACGGGUACCACCAGAGUCGUGUGGGCCACCUCAUACUCGUUAUCAUGGACCCUGUCGACAUUAUCUUGUCUCUUGCCAAGAUCCUCAAGUACCUCCGUCUCCAGCUCCUCUGCGACAUUGCUUUUGGCGUCUUUAUCGUCGUCUGGUUCAUCACUCGCCAUAUCUUCUACCCCUUGGUGUGCUGGAGCAUUUACAAGCACAUCCCUGAAGAAAUCUCCUAUGGUUGCUAUUCCGGCAGCGACUCUGACCUCCAUGGUCCACAGCCAGUUCCAGAGGACUGGGACCACCUCACGCAACCCUUCCGCGAUCCAGUUGGUCUUGUGUGUUGGAACAACAACAUCAAGUGGGUGUUCCUCGGUAUGCUACUUGCUCUGCAUGGCCUGGUUCUCCUUUGGUUCGUGCAGAUCGUGCGCGUCGCGUACAAGGUACUUAGUGGGCAGCCUGCCGAGGACACGCGCUCGGACGACGAAGAUGAGGAGGAAGAGGAAGACAUGAUAGACGUGAUAGACAUGGCAAGCACGGAGAAACAGGGGACCGGGUAUAUCAAUCAGGUGAAUGUCGGUGCAGAAUCUCGCCCAUUCAUCGAGAAGGAGGUCCUCUCCACGGACCAGCAGUUCGCCGACGGCAAAGCGAAAAGCCCAACGAGGAAGAGCAGCAGGAGGAGAGGCGAGGGACAGAGCAGCGGGGUCAACCUGUUGGCCGGCAGUGAUCGCAAGGAGUUGCUGGGGAGAAUUGGCUGCGACAAGCCAACGAAUGAGUAG